AUGUUCAAUUUAAUUAGUGAAGUAGGAGAACAGAAAUUAUCUUCUACAAUUGCAACUAAUGAAUCUAAUUCACCACUAGAUCCUAUCGAUUGGCUUUCAGCUCGUUCUAUAGCACAUCAAAAGCUCAAUUCAUCUAUGAAUUAUAUUAAGUAUGUAAGAGAUCGUCCUAUUUGGCAACCAGUUCCUGAUCAUAUUCGUGAAGUGAUCGAGGAUGAAUCUCUUCCUGAACAAGGUCAAUCAUUGUCAUCUGUUUGUCACAGUGUACUUAAUUACGUUGUACCCUAUGCAGGAGGUAAUAUACAUCCUCGGUUUUGGGGUUGGGCAAGUGGUGAAGGCACAUUAGGUGGUGUAAUAGCAGACAUGAUAAGAGCAACGAUAAAUAUAAAUGCUUGUUCUGAUACAAAUAGUGCUGCAUUUGUCGAACGAACUGUUAUUGAAUGGAUGCGCCAAAUAUUUAGAUUUUCAAAAGACAACACUGGUGGUCUAUUUGUUAGUGGGUCAUCAAUUGCUACAAUAAUUAGUAUGGCAGUAGCCCGUCAACGGGCGCUAGCUAAUGUUAGAAAAGAUGGCCUUAUGGAUGCGCCACAAUUAAUUGCUUAUGCUUCAACACAAGUGCAUAUAUGUGUAAAAAAGGCGUUAGAAUUAUUAGGUCUUGGAUCGAAAUCAAUGCAUCUUAUACCAGUUGAUGAUUGUUUUAGGAUAAAAAUUGACGAUUUAAAACUUGCAAUAAAAAAUGAUCGAGAGCAAGAUCUUGAAAUAUCACGUCCUUUUCGUGCAUUAAAAGUUUGGUUUACAUUGAAAGAACAUGGUAUUAUAAAACUGAGUCAAAAAAUAGCCGAUCAUUGUGAUCAAGCUCAAUAUUUUCUAUCAUUAUUAGAGAAACAUGAAAAUAUUAUUCGCAUAAUUCGUCCUAUUUCAUUAAAUGUUGUUAACUUUCGAUUCGAACCUGAAGAGUGUGAUAAAAAAGAUGAUGAAAUAAUCGAUAGGUUCAAUAAUCAACUUCUUUUAGGCUUGUAUGCAUCCGGCAUUGCACUUCCAUCAUCAACACGUAUUUAA